CCCGUAACUAUCAUGUGACUUAUAGCAAGAGUCAAAAUGGCGGCGCCCAUUGUUGACACCGAUAGUGACGAUGAAUUACCUCCUGGGUGGGAAGAACGGGUCUCCGCACAAGGACAAGUGUACUAUGCAAAGUAAAACAGUGCCCAUCAACUUUUGUUUAUCUCAAAUUAAUCAUUAUGAAAUACGUCUUUGUAGAAUAACAAAUAUAAAAUUAUACGUUUAUAAAAUGCCUCUAUUAAAGCUUACCAUGUAGCAUAGUGAUACCACGAGGCAUCUCGCUCCAAAUCAAUGAAAUGGGGAAUAAACAGAGAAGAACCUUACCGUACAUUGCAAAAAUUUUGGCUUUUAUGGGAAGACCACGGAUAUGUAGUUUAGUUUCAUUCUCUUGUACGAUAAUGUAUGUGCAAUAGAUCACACAUGACACAUGCCAUUGUUUCUAAACUUAAUUAAAUUCUAAACGCAUAAACAAUGUCCAAUGAUUGUUUGCCAUCUAGUGAAGUAGUUUAAUUUAAAAUGCCUAGAACAAGUCACCAACUUAAUAGGUAAAUACAUGUAGGUAGAAAAAUAUAUAAAAUUUCAUUGAACAAAAUUAAAUAAAAUCUGUCAAAACAUCAGUGUGUGCUUUAUGACUCUGAUUUAAAUAUUGUGAAUCACAAUACUUAAAAUUUUAUGGGAUGAAAAUUUUGUGAAGUUCUACACUGCGAAUGUGUAUAAAACCAGCCAAUAUCAUAAGUUGAUGAUAAUAACAGUACAUGUAUUUUUAAAAAAAAAUAUUUUUAUUCAGUUUUUGUGUCAGUUAAAAAAAAAAUGUUACUCUGAUCAAGUCAAUCGAACAUGAAUGUGAUGCCAAAUUUGUGUUAAUUCUCAACGAAGAUCUUUUUUAAGCCAGCAGUAUUUGUAAAGUUAAUUUGCAUUUUUAGUCCGAAAUGUUAAAAAUGCCAGGGAAAUGUCAGAUAUUUUGUCUAGGUUUGCAUAUAGUUCUAAAACACAUCAAAAUUAAAUACAUGAGUCUCAUGUAGCAAUAUAUUCUAAUAUAUUAAAAGUUUAUGUCUCUAGCUAGCUGAGAUUAGCAGUGUUUGCAUGGAAAUCUAAUGAUAAACCUUUCCAUUUUAUGUUUAUUGCUUUAUCGACAGCUAUAUGUUAACAUUGAUGAGAAUGUCUUGAUUUGCAUUGCUUUUUGUUAUGCAUUUAAGAAGUUUAUGAAUAAAUAUGGAUUUUGUAUUGCUAAAAGAUCAGAGAAAGAAGAGAUUUUAAAAUUAAAUAUAUUAAUGUCACGUGAGAAGGUGGAAAAAUGUAUGCUCAUGUGUUGUAAAACAGCAGUUAAAUUCUUUAACAGUCAUGAAACAAAAGAAACACAAUGGGAGCAUCCCCGUUCCGGUAAAAAGAAGACGAUUAAAGGAGAUUUACCUUAUGGCUGGGAAAAACAAAUUACUGAUGAUGGAGUUAUUAUAUUUGUUGAUCAUAUAAACAAAAAGACUACAUACACAGAUCCAAGGUUAGCCUUUGCUGAGGAUGAAAAGAAAACACCCUUUGACUUUAAACAGAAAUUUGAUGGCAACAGCACUGCUUUACAAGUGGUCCAAGGACAAGACCUCUCUGGAAAAUAUGCAAUUGUAACUGGAGCUAACAGUGGAAUUGGAUUUGAGACUGCUAGAACUCUUGCAUAUUUUGGAGCAACAGUGAUAUUGUCCUGUCGGAACCUCGAUGCAGCUAACAAGUGCAAACAAAUGAUACUAGAGGACAGACCAUCCGCCAAAAUAGAAGUCAUGCAUCUGGACCUUGCCUCUCUGAAAAGUGUCCGCAUGUUUGCUGAAGAAUACAGAUCCAAAAAGUGGCCUCUGCAUAUGUUGAUUUUGAAUGCUGCUGUGUUUGGUUUACCUUACACCAAAACAGAGGAUGACCUUGAGAUGACCUUUCAGGUCAACCACCUGGCCCAGUUUUACCUGACCAAGCUUCUGUGGGAGAUACUUGCCACAUCUUCACCUUCUCGAGUUGUCAUCGUGUCGUCAGAGUCACACAGGUUUAGUGAUAUAUCAGGGGAAAGCAUCAGCGAGAGCAUGUUAUCUCCAGGGAGAAGUGUUUAUCAGGACCUUCGAGCAUACAACAAUUCCAAACUGUGCAAUGUGUUAUUUUCUCUCCACCUGAACAAACUGUUGUCAGAUAAAGGUGUCCUCAGUAACUCGCUGCAUCCUGGUAAUGUCAUGUCCACAAGCCUCUCAAGACACUGGUGGUUAUACAGAGUAAUCUAUCUUCUGGCCAGACCUUUCUCAAAAUCUCUGCAACAAGGUGCUGCCACCACCAUCUUUUGUGCAGUCUCGUCACAGCUGGAUGGAGUGGGGGGCUUAUACUUUAACAACUGUUGCCGCUGUGUGCCCUCGAGGGCAGGCUGUGAUGAGAACCUGGCCCUAAGACUGUGGAAUCUGAGUGAGAGGAUGUUACAGAAAGCUCUGGACCAAGGAAUCGGGGACUAGCUGAUACACUAUCCCAUUUAAGGAACAAGAGGGGCUUUGAUUGUAAAGAGGAAAGAAAGAGAUAAAGCUAAAAAAGGAAAUUCAAGAGUUAUUGAGGACAAGUUGUCCCUUUCAGAAAAGUUUAAUUUAAGAGAUGCGAUCACCAAAAUCAAUUUGGAACUGUGUCAAACUACUUCAAGCUCUUUUUGUAUGAUGCAUAUUUGAGGUGGAAGAAUGUUGAAGGGGAUAGUCCUGUGACUACUGCUGAUCCUAUCACAUGCAGCCCCCUUUACCUAACGUAAAACAAGAUACAACAUCUGAUCACAUCAAAAUAACAGACUAGUACUGAACAUUAGCUGGUAUAUAAAAAAGGAAAGCAUGUUAACAAAGAAUGCUGAUACUGUACUGUUAUUUGAUGAAAGCUUUUACCAGUUUAUACAAAAAGUCGAAACCCACAGAAUCUUAGCAUAAGAAAAACAACAUUAGGCAUAUAGAAACUGUAAAUUACUUUAUCUAGCUAAUCACAGGAUAUGUAUACAAAUGUUUACUAAAACUAUGCUUUGGUUACAAAUAACUGAAAGGGGUGCUGAUAAAAUAAUGAUUGCUAUCCACAAUAACCCCUCCGUACCAUGCUAAUCCAGGCAAGAGAGUGUUUAAUUCCAUGCAGAAAAAGUUAUGGAUAAUUCUUCAGAAGAUCUUGCAGCAGCAUUAUGUGUUUCAAUCCACAACUGAAUAUUUAAUAGAAGCUUAUACACAUUCUUUUAUCAGAUUUGGCCCUGUUUGUCAUCUGUAUUAUUGUAAUAUUUAUUUUGCUUGUUGUAGUCAAUUUUUUGUUUAACUGUUCUUUCUAUAUAAUGAUACUUUAUUCUACUAUUUUUUAAAUUUCAUUUACAUGUUUACUUGAACUUUAUUACUAUAUAAGAGGGUGCUGAUAUUUGUGUUCUUUUGCAAGUCUCACACACUAUCAUACAUUCAUUACAUUAAUUGUUUGAUUUAGCUGUAAGCUCAGUUAAACAUUUCUGAUGACCUAGCUUUGGCUGGCAUUUGCUGCCUGUGAUCCAUCUAUAAAUCUUCAAACUUCACAUUUGCAAUAAAAAUGUAAAAACUGUGCCCCCCCCCCCCUUUUAAUUGACAGGAAAAAAAAUAGAAAAAAAACCCCAAAAAUAUUUUCAGAUACGUUACUCGGACAGGCGAUGCUGCUUGUAGGCCUUAAUAUGGAAUUAUAAAGUGUAUUGGAAUUAAAUUUUAAGAUACGAUUUGCUUAUAGCUAUAAACUUUAUUUAAUGAAGAAAAAUCCAUUACAUUUUACCUUUAAAUUUUGGGUAUAUUUUAUAUUUUAUACAGAGCUCUUUUUCUAAAAGAGGUCAAUACAAUCUAAAAAAUGGUCACGACCAUCAAACCCUCUUAAUUUUACUUUGCAGUUUCUCCAAUUAUCACUCUGUUUCAUCACUCCUCUGCAGUUCACACACCUAGAGCAAUGCUGAUUGGUUGCUUAUUAAUUAUAGAUAUGGACUUACUUUAAAACCUAGUAGAUUUCAUGUAAAAUCCACAUGUAAAACAACUGCAAAUUAAUAUCAUUCCAAAUUUAUUACAUCAAUACAAUAAUUAUGUAUUUAGAUAUUGCAUGAUCUGGUGGGUUAACCAAACAAUGGAAGCUAUGAAAAUUAGUAUUUAAGGAAUGAAACCUCGAAUUGUUGUUAGAGACACCACAAUUAAGUUGUAUUAUAUAAUAUGUUUAUUGUUUAUUAUUUGUAUGUUUGAAUGUGACUGUACUGAACAGUAGAAGCAGAGGCAUUUGUUUUAUAUAUAUAGUUAAUAUUGGUUUUUUAAAAAAAUAAUGAAAAAGCAGACUGUGAUAUCAUGAACCAAUAACCUUCAAACAAGGGAAUUAAAGUUCGGUGGAAUACUUUGUAUACAUAAUUGUAAUUCAGGUACAUGUACAUAAAAUUGUUCCUUAAUUUUUCCAAAGGAGCUCUCUUAUAUUGUUUUCACCACUGACCAACAAAAAAGUGUUUCAGCUCAGUUGACAGUAUACCGAAAUUUAACCUUUUAUGGUUUAAAUUUAUGAAUUGCAUUGAAUCAUUGCAUUUGUUUUAAAGAUAAUUUAUUGCAUCAGUUUGAAUUUUAAAUAACCCUAAAGUAUUCAUCAAUAAAGAAUACCGACAAG